AUGUUCGUGCCGGCCAAGCCCGCGCCGCUGGCGCCGCGCACGGCACCAGCCCGUUCAACAGGGCUCGCCGGCUCCGCGCUCCCGCUGCGGGCAGACGCGGCGCCCCUGCGCGGCCUCCACGCCCCGCAGACGCCCUGCCGCCCCUGCCCGGCGCCCACGCUCCACGCGUCGGGCCCGCACCACGCCCGGCGACGCCCGCUCGUGCACCCGCCCGCGGCCGGAGGCCCGCACCGCGACCACCGCCACUUCCACCGCCACCGCCGCUCGCGGGGCGGCGUCGUGCACCAGCCGGGCGAGAUGGGGGGCUCCAUCGAGAGCCUCCUCAGCUCCGCGCAGGACAUCUUCAAAGACCGAGUGGGGGCGGACGCAGCCAAGGACCUGGGGCACGAGGGCGACGGCGCCGGCGCGAACGGGGGCAGCGGGGAGGCCAGGGACGUGCACCACUUGUCGGACAACCCGCACAAGCACCUCCAGUCCACCGCCGCGUCGCUCUCGGCCAGCGUCGACUCGGACGAGCCUUCGCCGUCGGUGGGGCGGGCGGUGUACGAGGUGCUGCGCAUCGAUGGGGCCGGCAACACCCAGCGCCUGUACGUCCGGCGGCGAGACGUCCUGCGCGCGAACGGCCUCCAGCCGCGCGACCUGCGGCGCAUCGACCCCUCCAUGUCCAUCACCAAGACCUCGCCGUCGCUCACGCCCAAGGGCAAGGUCCUCCUGAUCAACGUCGGCGGCGUCCGGAUCAUCACGUCCGCGGAGAAGGCACUGCUCUUCGAGCCAACCAGCACGAGCUCCCGGCGGUUCCUCGAGCUGGUGCUCCCGAAGCUGCGGUCCGCGGACCGCCAGCGCGGCAGCCGCAACCAGGGCGGCUCCAAGCGCGGCAACAGCUCUGGGUCCUCGGUCGACUCCCAGACGCCCCCCUUCGAGCUCGAGAUCGUCGAGGCCGCGCUCAUGGUCGCGACGGGCAAGCUCGACACCAUGCUCCUCAACGCGACGAAGCGCGUGCAGGACGUACUGCAGAAGCUCCCCAUCGACACCAACCCCAUGAACCUGGAGGAGCUGCGGAAGGUCAAGGCGCAGCUCGUGGAGCUCGAGAGCCGCUCGGACACGGUGUCGACACUGCUGGAGGAGGUGCUGGACGACGAGGACGAGCUGCGGGAGUUCAACCUGACGUCGCGCCCGUCGCGGGAGGAGAAGCGGCGGAACCGGGAGCUGGUGCGGCUGGAGCGGGAGAUGCACGGGGAGCGGUGGAGGAGGGAGGAGGGGCCGUGGGGGGGCGGGGAGUACGGGGGCGUGGCGGGCGGGAACGGGCCCUGCCGCGGCGGGGACCCCGAGCACCUCAUCGAGGAGGCCAUUGAGGAGUUGGAGGACCAGGAGGAGGCGGAGAAGGAGUUGGAAGAAGUCGAGGACCUUUUCGAGUACUAUCUGCAGCGCUGCGCGUCCACGCAGUCCGAGGCCGAGCGCCUGCUCGCGGGCGCGCGCGACCUCGAAGAAUCCAUCGGCGUCUCCCUCAGUGCGCGGCGCCUCGCCGUGAUCCGUCUAGAGUUGAUGCUGUCGAUCGGGUCGUUCGCCGCGGCGAUGGGCGCCGUCAUCUCCGGGAUCUUCGGAAUGAACCUGCGGUCGACGUUCGAGAACUCGGUCGUCGGGUUCUGGGGCGUCACAGCCGCGAUCGUCGCGUGGUGCUGCUUUGUGUGCUACGCGCUGUGGAACUUCGCGCGCAGCCGGCGCAUCCUGUGA